AUGGUCGCAAGCAUACUCGACGCCUCUGCUCUCAUCCAUGCUCUUCCCAAUGUCCUUCCUUCGGCCAAGAAAUCGCUACAAUCACCUCACGACGCGAUAGCUGCGCUCGUACACACCGUCUUCACCAUCCUCGCAUUCCGGCUCGUUGGAAUCGACGAGAGCGGACUUGUACACACGUUUGAGGGCAACGUCCUCCCGGACGAAUGGAACCAGCAUGGUCCUGGCAACUACACCUUCAGGUACAGACAUGAGCAGAGCAGUUUGGAGUUCCUGGUCAAAGUGGCGAAGUUGGGCAGUCGCACCCUUGUUAACUCGAUCGCGAUCGAGAGUGAUAAAGCCGCUACGCUUGAUAUUUCUACCAACGAUUUCACCUCGCCGUCGUUUUUCCCUCAUGACCUCGACACCUCGAGUUCGACACCUCUUGUACAUGGAUUCAUUUCCUCCAAUCGCGUCGAAGACUUCGUCGCCCAGCUGAAGCUCACCACGGUGCAGAAGUUGAUGCCUGGGUUGCGUAAGGAUGGGUACUCUGAGCAGACGGACACGAACGUCGGAACCAGCCAACCACGAGCUCCAAACGCGAAUCCACCACCCGCUCGCCCUCAUCCCGAGCAACCCCCCUACCCCCCGCGUGGGGACAUGCCGUUUGCGCCUCCCCGGAACCCGCUUGAGAUUGGACGUCGUGACAGGGAUCCAUUCCCCGCCAACCCCUUCGCCCCCUCGCCCUUGUUCCCCGACAGCUCUGGCGACGGUAUGUUUGUCGGCCCGAAUCACCCCAUCUUUGGGCCUGGUAUGGCCGGACGAGGACCGGGCGGGAUGGGCCCCUGGGGCGGUGAUGGAUUCCUGCCGCCUAUGGGCGCACCGCCAGGUGCUCGCUUCGAUCCCGUGGGACCUGGCUUUGGACCACCGGGCGGAUUCCCCAGAGGUCCUGGAGGUAGAGGCAGAGGCCCUUUUGGAGGCGAUCCUGAUAAUGACGAACACCCACCACCCGGCUACGGCGACAUGUUCAUGUAG